AUGGCGUUAUCCUCGGAAUGCCUGCUGUGCCAUUUUACUCUUGGGAACCAGAAUGCCUAUUCUGUCAUUUACUCUGUGCCCCAGGGCAAGUACCAUGAGACUGAGUUCCUGAAGUUGUCACCUCACCCCUGCUUGCAGUUCGAGGCAGCCUGGGCUCUGACCAACAUUGCUUCCGGGACUUCAGAGCAGACUCAAGCCGUUGUGGAAGGUGGGGCCAUCCCACCUUUGGUUGAGCUCCUGUCUUCCUCCCACAUGAAUGUGUGUGAAUAGGCAGUGUGGGCUCUUGGUAAUAUAGCAGAAUUCAGAGACCUCGUUAUCUCGAGCAAUGCCAUUCCACAUCUGCUGGCCCUCGUUUCAUCAACCAUACCAAUCACGUUUCUGCGGAACAUCACGUGGACCUUGUCCAACUUGUGCCGAAACAAGAACCCUUACCCUUCCGUGAAAGCCGUGAAGCAGAUGUUGCCCGUCCUAUCCCACCUCCUGCAGCACCAGGACAGCGACGUUCUCUCAGACACCUGCUGGGCCCUGUCCUACCUCACUGAUGGCUCCAACGAGCGCAUCGGCCAAGUGGUCAACACAGGGGUCCUGCCCAGGCUGGUCCAGCUCAUGAGCAGCUCGGAGCUCAAUGUCUUGACCCCCUCCCUCUGCACCGUGGGGAACAUCAUCAUGGGAACGGAUCACCAGACCCAGGUGGCCAUCGACGCGGGCAUGCUGAACGUGUUGCCCCAGCUCCUGAUGCACCCCAAGUCCUCCAUCCAGAAGGAAGCAGCUUGGGCCUUGAGCAACGUGGCUACAGGGCCUCGCCAACACAUCCAGCGGCUGAUAGCUUGCGGCAUGCUGCCUCCUUUGGUGGCUCUGCUGAAAAACGGAGAAUUUAAAGUCCAGAAAGAGGCCGUUUGGACCGUGGCUAACUUCACAACUGGAGGCACCAUAGACCAGUUGAUCCAGCUUGUCCACUCUGGCGUCCUGGAGCCACUGGUGAAUCUGCUUACCGUCCAAGACACCAAAAUUGUUAUCAUCAUCCUUGAUGUUAUC